AUGCUGCAGCAGGAAGAGUUAGAUCAACAGAAGCAGCAGCAGGCGAUCCGAGAGGGGGGCCCCCAACGCUUUGUUGGACGCGCAAGGUCUGCUGUAGAACCGAGGGAAGCAGCAGCAGCAAGAGCUAAUGCUGCAGCAGGAAGAGUUAGAUCACCAGAAGCAGCAGGAGGCGACCAAUCAUCCCUAUCCCCAUCCCCAUCCCCAGCAGCAGCAGCAGCAACAGCAGCAGCAGCAGCAGCAGCAGCAGCAGCAGCAGCAGAGAGUGAGGAUGCUCCGUACUACGUGGCUUACCAGAAGACCUUCUUAACCCCCCAGCCGACUACCCUGGCCUUUGAGGCCCUCAAUUGGGCCUCGGGGGCCCUAGACCCUGUCGUUCUCGUCCAGGGCGAUACACGCCAGCAGCAGCAGCAGCAGCAGCAGCAGCAGCAACAGCAGCAGCAGCAGCAGCAGGAGCAGGAGGAGCAGGAGUUUGUAUCCUUAGGCAGCAGAGAGUCAGACCGCGUUGAGGGGCCCCAGGGAGAAUUGCUAGAGAAAGGUAAUGGGGGGCCCCCAGAGCAGGAGGGGGCCCCCGUGGGGGGCCCCCAGCGGGGGGGGGCCCCAGGGGGCCCCUCUGCUGAGCAGAAUGUGGGGGCCCCCGAUAUACGACUGGAGAUGGAAUGCAAGGAUACAAAUGCUGCUGCUGCUGCUGCUGCUGGUACUGCUGCAGCAGCAGCAGAAGCAGGGCAAGAGGAAAUAGAAGCAGCAACAGCAGCAGCAGAAACUCCAGCAGCAGCAGCAGAGGCAGCAGCAGCAGCAGCACCAGCAGCAGCAGCAGCAGCAGCAGGGAGACGCAGCAGAGCGAAAAGCAACAGCCGCAAAACUCAUAGCUUCAUCGACUCCUUGUUGAUCCUUUUCUCGAGCCCCCUGUAUGUGUGCGUGACGUUUUCUUUGUGUGCUCUUUUCUUUGAGGUCACCGCCAUACAGUUUUGGUCAAUUACUUACUUUCAUCAGGUUCUACAGUACCCAACAGCAACAGUAUUGGUGGCGUUUAACUCUACGGCAGCAACGGCUCCUAUUUUGGGUGUUUUGUUUGGGGGGUGGCUGGUGGAUAGAGUGAUAUAUUUGUGGUCUUUGAACGGCGUUGUUGGUUUUCUGUUGGCUUGCUGCUUCCUUUGGCGGUUUAAAAUACGUCCGGCUGUAGUAACAGACGUAGAUGAACACCCCUGGCAGCAGCAGCAGCAGCAGCAGCAGCAGCAGCAGCAGCGGAAGCAACAGCAGCAGCAGCAGCAGCAGCAGCUGGAGCAGCAGCAACUGCAGCAGGGAGCUAUGGAUAGAAGGAGUGAACAGCGAGAUGAUAAUUGUUAUGUUAUAACAACAGAUAAAGAAUGA